AUGUCAGAAAGAACUUCUUCGUUCUCAUCAACAACUUCAUGUCCUAGUAUAACUGCACCUUCAGCAUCAGAUUCGACUUUAUCUCCCAGUGUAAGGAGUUUGAGUCCAAUAUCACCUUUACCUAACGUUCCUACAUUUUGUCUUACGCCGUAUCCUGAACAAUCGGAAUUCCCAUUCCCGAUUUCAGAACCGACUUCGGAUUCACCUCUUUCAUCUCCGACUGGCAAUCACGACAGGAAGAACGACUACAAAACCGCGAUUAUUGAGGAUGUCGAUCGAAGAAAAGAUGUGCCAAUGGCAACAAUAUUGGAUACUGCCUCUCCGCCGUCAUUGCCAAGUUCAUCUGUGUCAAAGGACAACAAUCAGCUCAUGACGACCGCAAAACCUCCUGUACCUAAAAGACGAGUCACAUCACCAUCAUUCUUGAUUCCACCCACAUUAAAAAUGUCAUCACUUACUUCACCUUUGAAUUCACCUACGAAAAUACCUUUAUCUCCUGGAGGCAGGUCAAAGGCGCCUCUUUUCGCUGGUAGGCCUAGAGUAGGUAGAUCAGCUACUAUCUCUACGAGUAUUGAAAGUUCUUCUUCCUCUUCUUCUUCUUCUUGUGGCGCUCAUCCAGCUGCUAUUGUCUCUACCGCUGCCAUAGGACACGGCAUCGGAAUUGACCUCCAAGGUCAAGGCGUCAGAAUCCUAAAUGGGGAAAAGGGAUCAACACAUCCUGAUAAUGAUGGAGUCAGACGAAAACCAGUUCCUGUUCCAUUGAACCUUGAAUCUACUUAUACACGAAAAACAUCAUUCCCUUCUUCCAGAGUCAAUCCCAGAUCGAUACGUGCUCUUACUCGUGGAACAUCACUCUCAACUUCAUUUUCCAAUCUCACCACCCAACCUGAAUCCGAAAAUGGAAUACAUGUACCUUUCUCAAGAUCAGAAACUCCUACUCCAGAUUCGGUAUUCAGUCCAACGACAUUUCACAACAAUAAGGGAGAGAUUGACGAUAUCCAUUCUGGCAAAACUGUAAAGCCACUUACUGCUAAAAGAGUAGGUAAUAAUGAUAUCAUUCAAUCUCAAUCUCAUAGAUGGUAUACAGAAUUAGAUCUGGAAGAACCUAGAUUAGGUAAUGAACAAAGUCCAGGUUGGGGUGAAUUCAAUGUAUAA